AUGUUUGAUAAUAAAACUGUCAAAUAUCAAAGCUGUCAAUCAGGAGUGUUUGAUACAAUUUGUAAACACCGAACCAAUAAGCUUCAUACAAAAUUAAGGAUGACGUCUGAAGAAAUCCAGAUAUCCGAAGAACUGAAGGGAUGUUACGAGAAUCUUAUUGUAAUUGACAUUGGCGCAAACCUGACGAACAAGAAAUACGGCCGUGAUCUCGAUUCGGUAGUGCAAAGGGCAAAAGAUGCAGGUGUCCAGAAAAUUAUGGUAACAGGCACAUCAGUACGCAGUAGUAAGGAAGCACUGAGAUUGACCCGAUUGUAUCCCAGCACAAUCUAUUCAACAGCAGGUGUUCACCCCCAUGAUGCGAAAUCCAUGACGGAUGAAGAAUCGUGGGCGGAACUUCAAGCCACGGCGUCAGCACCGGAGUGCGUUGCUGUAGGGGAGUGCGGUCUGAACUAUACUAAAGAUUUCUCAGAGCCACAGGUCCAGAGGGAUGUUUUUAAACGGCAGGUGGAAAUGGCGUGCGAGCUCCGAAAACCUCUCUUCGUCCACGAAAAAGAAGCCCAAGACGACCUAAUAAAAAUAUUAGACGAAUUCGGUAACCGUUUGCCCCCGGUCGUCAUACACUCGUUCACUGGUUCGGUAGAGCAAGGCCUCAAAUAUAUAGAAAAGGGCUUCUAUUUGGGCAUAACAGGGUAUAUUUGUAAAGAUAAGUCGGAUGGAGGGAUAAGGAGAUUGCUUUCGGAGAGGAUAUUGCCACUAGAUAAGUUGUUGGUUGAAACCGACUCGCCUUUUAUGUAUCCAAAUAUGAGGGCUUCAAAGCUGCCGUUGCAUGUAAAGGACUCUUUGACUGAAAGAUCGAUGAACUUCGUUAAUCGUUACUGCACGUUCCAACGUAACGAGCCAUGCGCCCUCCCCGCCAUAGUAGAGCUGAUUGCAGGCUUCCUCGGGGAGAAACCUGAGGACGUCGCAUUAGCUACUGCUUUCAACGCUUUGAAGUUAUUCGGACUCAGUCACAGAAGGCUGGUGAAGAUGAAUUUGAAAAGAUUUUUAGAACUGUUAUGUUCGACAAAUAAUAUUUACUAUUUGCAA